AUGGAACAAUAUUAUACACAAUGUCCUUCAGAACUUGCCUUCUCCAUCUCUAGAUUUCAAGAAUUACUCAAAACAAAAAACAUUGGUCGAAGUUUAGUGUAUCGGGAACAAGUCGAGUCAACCAUGGACACCGCAAAAUCACAAGCUGAAGAGAAGUGUCCUACUGGUACUCUCAUUCUUGCAGAAGAACAAACAAAAGGAAGAGGAAGAAAAGGAAGAGCAUGGACCAGUGAAGGAAAAGGAAAGAGUUUAUAUUUCACGAUCGUAUUUCAUUUAAAUAUGGAGAAGGCUUCGGAAUUGAUCAAGCUUAACUUGGCAAUUCCAUUGGCUGUUACUCUCACAUUAAAAGAGGAAGGGCUAAAAACAUGUGGUAUCAAAUGGCCCAAUGAUGUAUGGGUCAUUCCUGAACAAUCAACAAGUAGUAACGCAAAAAAGAUCAGUGGAAUGCUUAUUGAUAGUGUACAAACAGGAGAAUCUUUAUUUGGAUUGGCAGGAGUUGGUAUUAACCUCAAUCAGUCGUUUGCGAACAGCACAAGUCAAGCAGUGGAAGAGAAGACUCAACUUUCAAAUAUUGCAACAUCUUACUUUGAUGAGACUAAUAAGACCGUUGAUCGAGAAAAGUUUUUAGCUCACUUCUGCAAUACUUUGGAAGCUUUGUUAGGGUUCAAUCAAAAGGAAGUUUUAGUCUUGUAUAAGGCCAAUGAUAUUCUUCUUGGAAAGGAGGUGACAGUCAUUCCAUCAGAUUCAAAGACUGCACCUUAUUCGGCCAAAGCUGUUGGUAUUUCAAAAUUUGGUAAUUUAUUAGUCGAGCUCAACGAUGGAACUGGUGUUAAAGAGUUGGUAGCAGAAGAAGUAUCCAUUCGUCCCGUAUUGAACUAA